AUGUCCAGUGAGGAACAGCAUCUCAGCUCAAGCUGUGGAUCCUUCAUCAAGACCGAGCCAUCCAGUCCUGCCUCCAUCAUCGACACCAUCAGUCACCAUAGUCCCAGUGAUUCUUCUGACACCAGCCCAGGCUACGGCCUCAGCCUGACAGCUCACCCCCAUUGCCUGGACUCUCCUUCCCUCUUCUCGAGCCCUGGAGCAGUUGUUCCAUGUCGGAAGCACUUUGACCCCUGCUCUGCUGGGAUCCUGGAGGACUGUCCAACCAAGUGCGAGUACAUGCUGAACUCUAUCCCCAAACGCCUGUGUCUGGUGUGUGGAGACGUGGCAUCUGGUUACCACUAUGGAGUGGCCUCCUGUGAAGCCUGCAAAGCUUUCUUCAAACGUACCAUUCAAGGUAACAUCGAGUACAGCUGUCCCGCCACUAAUGAAUGUGAAAUCACAAAGCGGAGACGGAAAUCCUGCCAAGCUUGUCGUUUUAUGAAGUGCCUGAAAGUAGGAAUGCUAAAAGAAGGUGUGCGUCUAGAUCGUGUACGAGGAGGGCGUCAGAAAUACAAGAGACGGAUGGAUGCGGAGCACAGUUCCUCCCUCACUCUGCAGCUGCCCCCUCCAGCCAAGAGGCCGUUUGCUAGUCCUGGUCUGAUUGAUUCCAUCUCCUUUACUGUAGUGAGUAAAAUCGUGUCUCACCUCCUGGUGGCAGAACCUGAGAAGAUUUAUGCCAUGCCAGAUCCCACAGUGCCUGAGACGGACAUCAAAGCCCUGACCACCCUCUGUGACCUGGCUGACCGUGAGCUGGUCGUGAUUAUUGGCUGGGCCAAGCACAUCCCAGGUUUCUCCGACCUCUCUCUGGGUGAUCAGAUGGGUGUGCUCCAGUGUGCUUGGAUGGAGAUCCUGAUUCUGGGAAUAGUGUAUCGCUCGCUGCCCUAUGAGGAGGAGUUGGUCUAUGCCGAGGAUUACAUUAUGGAUGAAGAACAUUCCCGUUUGACUGGACUGCUCGAUCUUUACGCUGCUAUCCUGCAGUUGGUUCGAAAAUACAAGAAGCUGAGAGUGGAGAAAGAGGAGUUUGUCACGCUCAAAGCAAUAGCCCUUGCUAAUUCAGAUUCGAUGCAUAUCGAGGAUGUGGGCAGUUUGCAACGCCUGCAGGAUAUUCUCCAUGAGGCCCUCCAGGAUUAUGAAGCCAGUCAACACCAGGAGGACCCCCAGCGGGCUGGUAAACUCCUGAUGAGCCUCCCCCUCCUCAGGCAGACGGCCAGCAAGGCCGUUCAACACUUCUACAGCAUCAAACUGGAAGGAAAGGUUCCUAUGCACAAACUCUUCCUUGAAAUGUUGGAGGCUAAAGUCUGA